UUAUCCGAAGUCGUAGACCGAUUCGACGUUCAGUCAACCAUGCAGGUUGUACAAGCUAUAUAGCCGGAAUAAUUUAUUUUAUUUAUUAAUGUCAUCGAACGUGUUUAAGUACUCAUACUGAUAUGAAGAAGCAAAUACUGUUUUGCUUUAAUGGUUAACUGCGUUUUAUAUAAGGUAUGUAAAUUUUAUACAUAUGUGUGUGAUUAUCAUUUCGGCGAUGGUGUUUUUCAUACGCUCUUGCGGGGCAUUUGUGAAGUAUUAACAUGUAUGUGUAAAUGUCAUGUACAUAGAGAUAUUGAUUACACAAGACAUAAUCACGAUUUCUUGUUCUAUAUCAUGUUGUGUCAAAGAUUUGUAAGAUUAUGUUAUGGUUUAUCUAUUGUUGUGUUUCUUGAUAUAAGCAAAGAACAAGAUGAUUAUGAAUUGAAUGAAACAAAACCGACCACGAAGAUAACGCGUAAGAUGGCAUCAAUGUCUCAAGACCAUAACAACCUGAUGAUGUACUAUACCAAGAUCAGCACUGAUGAAUCUGGUGCCCCUAUGCGGUGGAAAAUGACAUCCUUGUUGAGAGUAGAUGAUGAAAAGAUCACCUCAAGCAAAUCUAACCAAGGCUCAAAUAAGUCUUCUCCCUCAUCGUCCCGUGAACCAUCAGGUGAACGGAGAGGUCGUCCCAGUCUGUCAGAAUUAGUACAGUCACAGCGGGUAAAACGCACUCCAAGCAGAGACAGUUCAGAGAGCUCGUACUCGCGGGACUCAUCGACAGAAAGCAGAGGCAGAGAAAAGCCUCUCAAGUCUGAUAAGCAGAAUCAAGAUGGCGAUAUUAUGAAUAGUGCAAAUGUUGAUAAAAAACUUAAAGGCAAAAGAGGACGACCAAGAUCUCUUGACUUAUCCACUAAAACCAUGACUAAUGGUGAUGAUGAGAAGUUUAAAAGCCCUCAUCCAUUGACCCCUUGUAAUAUUGUAGUGAAAAGACGUAAAGGUCGACCUAAGGAAACACCACCAACUUUAACGGCAGAGCCUCCAGUUGCAUCUCUUAACAUACCUGGUCAAGAUACUGUCGGUUAUGGAGACGAAAUGAAUAUGGUUGACCAACGAAAACCGGUUCUUAAGAAGAGAAUUCUUCAAAAUGCUCAAUUGUUAAAAAGUGUAAGAAAUAAGACUAGUAUUAGUAACACAUUUCUUAAACGGAGAAAAUUAGGUGCCUUAAACAGAAAGAGUGGUGUAAACUUUGAAACUAAAAGCUCAAUACUAACUGAUAGCACACAAUCUGGUUAUUCAUCUGAAAAUAUGAGUGCCAAUUGCUCUUCAGAAAGCUUAGGCGAAUCUUUUCCAAUGAAAAGAAAAGCAGGCCGACCACCUGGUGCAAAAAAUAAACCAAAGGUUGUUUUUAAUCCAUUGGCAGGUUUUGUUCCAAAAAGGAAAGUGGGUGGUAGGCCCCUAGGCAGCAAGAAUAAAGUUAUAUUAGGACUGAAGAAACCCAAUCGCUCAGCAAACAGAUUAAGGUUAAAAGAAAAACCAGCAAAAACUGUUACAUCGUCAAAUGAUUCUAGUUCAGCAUUAAGUAAAGACUUUAAUAAUGUUGAAAGUGUGAGUAAAGCAUGUGAAAAUUUUGAAGAAAUGAAAAGUAGCCCUGAUUUGUUUGACAGUCCUGAACAGAACACAAGCUCUGUGAUAAAAACUGAAGAAAGCGCUCAAGAGGAGCAGAAAAUGGAUGGUUCGGGGACUGCUAGCAACAGUUGUUUUGAAACCAUGGUCACUGAGGAUAUUAAUGAAAAUAUUGUCGAGACAAUUUCUCCUGAACUUGAUCUGUCAAUAAAUGAAGCAAUUGAGACUGUGUUACAUAAAGUGAAGAAUGAUUUGCCUAUCGAUAAACCUUCCUCAUUUACUUGCUCAAGUGGACCAAAGUUUGGUGGUAUUAGACGUAUGAGCAAAAUAAAGAAGAAUAACAAACAUCAAAUGCAAAAACAUAAGCAAGUUUUGGAAUCUGGUGUAUUGGACACUGAAAAUAAAACUUUUGCUCUUUUGCCUUGGAACGACUUACGAAGGAAGUUACAUAGCAAACAGUUGAACAAAAAGAUUGAACAAAUGCACAAUUCUGUGGUAGGUGGUAAAGAAAUAUCAACUGUUGUUGAUUUGGUCAACUUAGGUGGUGAUUUAAGUGUCAAAACAGAAAAUAUUGUUGCAGCUAAAUCUGAGAUCAUAGCUAUAGAUGCAGCAAUAAAAGCUUCGGAAGUGGGUGACAAAGUUGAGUUGAACAUAAAUGUUCCAGUUUUCAAAAGAGUGUGUACAGAAAAUAAAGAUGCUAUAAAGUGCAGUGAUACAGAAUCUGUUUGCUCUGAAGUCAGCACAGUUUCAUAUUGUUCUACCAAACGAUUUACGGAAAAACAGGUGUUUGUUCUUGGAGAAGAUAAUAUUGACAGUGAUGAUAGUUCAAUCAGAACUCGCCAAAGAUUUGAAAUUGUACCUGGCAAAAAGCGAAAAAGAACGUUAAGUGGUGAGUUUGACUUAGUGGAUGAGAAACAACUAAGAAAAGAAAAGAAGGCCAAGUUACUUGGUGAUGAUGACAAUCAUAUAGGAAACCAGCCUGAAGUUGAAGGGAACACAUCUGAAACAAAAUUGUCUCCUAAGCCCAAGAUUAAAAAACACAAAAAAUUUACAAAUGGUGAAAGUUUCAAGUUGAGGAAGCUAAAGUUACGUCGAGAGUCACCAUUCUUGACAUCUGGAAAAAAGAAAAGACGAAAGCGUAGGUUGAAGUUGUCUCCACCUAAAAAGAAGCAUGUUAGAGCAGCCAAAACCAUAGGAAAUACCCAUGGAAAAGUACAAAAAGGAGUAGGUCUGUUAAAUAAUACAAAUAUCUUUUCUGCUGGACAACACACUGAAUCUGUGGCAGCAAUCAUACAUGAUGAUUCUUCUGCUAAAAGUGACGGCAGUAUGACACGAAAAGGCAUUUUUGAACAGUUCGUGCCUUGGGAAAAACAGACACUCUUGAAACAGUCUGACAGGAUGUCACCAGAUAAGACAGCAGAAAUCGUAAAACAGUUAGAUGAAACAGACACAGAUGAGGUAGUUAUUGAUGUGCUUACAAAUAUUGUGAACAGUGUGGUCAAAAGUAGAGAGCAACAUGUAGGUUCAUAUGCAGAGUCAUUGGAACAUAUGAAUUAUUUCAUGCAUAUCCAAACCAGUAGUCCGCUGGCCUCUGUAUCUUCCACAAAUAAACUGCAGCUACCAGACAUUUCCCAAAAUACAGCAGAACAAGCUAUUGGACCAACUACUAAGAAUAUACUGAACAAAGUAAGAGGUAGACGAGGAAGGAAACGAUUCGGUCCAUUACCAAUUGCUAGAAAUCCUCUUCUGGAAAAAGCCAAUCCCAAAUUCGGAAGGGGCAGAAAAGCAAAUGUUGGGCCUAGAAAAAAUAGGCAGCAUAAAGCGUCAACAGCAUCAGAAAACAAUAACAAAGUUGAAUCUGUCACAGAGGAAGGAAUGGCUUAUGAAACCAUUUUAAAGCCAAAAGUAAUUCGGUCCCGAACUGCAAGGAAGUCGGCUACACCAUCCAAAUCCCACGAAACAUCUCUGUCAGUUGCAAGUGUUGAUAAAUCAGGUGUUAAAACAUCUCCAGAAUCAACUUUUACAAGAAAAAUUGAAUUGAGACAAAAGAUAUCUAGAUCCCCCUUGGAUAACAUAGCAAAGAAGCAAACAAUAGAGGAAAACAAAUAUUUGAAAAUUGAACAAAUGAAAGCUUUAAGGAAAGAGGCCAAAUUGAAAUCAAAAAUGUUUAAAGCAGCUAAUAUUGAAGCCGCAAAUUCAAUGCAAAUUAUAAGUAGUGUAGCCAUUGAGUCAGAUACAAUUGAUUCAGAAAAUUGUGGGGAUAUUGAAGAUGAUUCUGAAAUUGAAGUGAAAACUACCAAGUUUUCAAUUGAAGAACAAAUAAAGAAAAUGAAGAAAUGUUCAGUAGUUUUAAAUGAUUUUAUUAAGAAACUCAAUCUAACAUCAAAUGAUGGUACCACAUCUGAAUGUGAAACAAGUGCCCUAGAAGAGUCCAUUGAUGAAGAUAAUUCACUGUCAACUGCAAAUGAUAACUUAAAUUCAAAUGUUGACACUGAUAACCAAGACCUUAUAGACUCAGAGACAUUGGGUUCUUGCAACAAUUUUGACACUAUUAGUGUUGAAAACAUACAUUGUGAAGAACAUAAGGUAAAUAAAGAAAAUCCUGAGGUAAAAGAUGAUGCCAUUUUAGAAAGUGGUAAAGGUGUUGUUGUUCAAGAUUCAUGCUCCAUUGAUGAAACGAAGUUGGAUAUAUUAAAAGUUCAAAGUGCAAAUAAUGAUUCUAUAUUAGAAUGUGAUUUAUUUGCUGGACAGUCUUCACAAAGCUUGAUUGUGGAUAAUAUUCUCGCUAAGAAGGAAAUGCCACUAGACAGUUGUGCUGAAGUCAAUAAUGUUAAAAGUAACGAUACGAGUGACAAUAUUAAAAUUGAUGGUGAGUUGAAUGCAAUUCCUGAUGUGGUAUUAAAUGAACAAGCUGAAAAAAUUGACCAAUCGAAAGCAGUUCUUUGUCCUAAAACAAGGAGUCCAAAGAAAGUGCACUCAGUGAAAGUAGUAUCAAACUCUGAAGCAACUAAUGAUCAAGACUCUGGUGAAACAGAAAGUAUUACUCUGAGUUGUUAUGAAAAAGUAUUAAAACCAGAAAUGUCCCAAACGGCUAGAAAAACUGUUCCACCCCUGAAGAUAAAGGUAAAAGGUUUAUCUUCACGUCGUAAAACAUAUAUGGUCGAACAACCUCCGGAUUCUUCAGGCGAUGCUAGUAAUGGCUGUGAACAGAAAUCAGAGAAGAAAAGAAAGACAAAGUCAGGUAGUAGGUCUGAAUCUGAUUCUGAAAAACAUAGUAAAAACAUGCAAAAGAAGGGUAAGACUAUGGGAGUAAAGUGUAAUGGUUUGGCAGGUGAAUCACCAUCAAAGACGUUUAAUUCUCUAAAACCAUCACCAGCAAAAAAUAAUCUGAAACCCACAGAUGCUUUUGAGGCAAAUUUUCUCCAAUUUAUACAAGAUAAAAACAAUGAGAGCAACAACUUGAUCACUAUGAAACCCAGAAAUUUGAGCCCAAAAAUGUUGAAGGAUCAAAAUGCAUCAACACAAAUAACGGAUGGCAAUGUUUCAAGUCACGGACAUGCUGCAGCAGGAUCUGCUGAUAAUGCCAGCAAGACUGAUACAGAUGAGUCAGUGAGAUAUGUCUGCUACAUGUGCAAGGAUGUGUCUUACCACUCCAAUGAACAGAUACUGAAGCACUACAAGGAAGUCCACCCGACUGUGGAGUUCAUGUACAAACAACUGCCAGAUGAUCUCACAGAAGCAACAGCUGCUGCAGCUGUGGAAAUUGGCAAACAUGAGAGUUUUCCUAGUGCUGAUGAAGAUGGCACUGUACAAUCAGACCUUGCCAUCCAUGAAGAUGAUGAUGAUGACGAGAGUGGCAGCCUCAAACUAAAAAUAGUGAAUGUUGUGAGCCUAAAAGAUGAGAUGAUGUCAGAUGAUUUAUCAAGUCUGGCACCACCAUUUGACAAGCCACCACCACCUUACCCUGCAUCUAAUUCAACUAUUAGGCAACCUAGCACCUCGGUAGAACUGCGCAUACCUGGCUACAGCAGCUCCACUAACAUAAGUGUGGCAAACCCAAAUAUUACAAAUAUCAGUCAAGAGACCUACAGCCGUUUUCUGGUGCAGUUUCAGGGAAUGCCUGUAUUUCAACAGCAGUCUGUUCAGCUGGCUGUUCCACAGAGACCACAGCACAAACUCAUUGCACCGGCAAAACCUCCAUCAACUGGGGGAAAAGUAACGAAUACUUUCAAGUGUGAAAAGUGUAAUGUUCAUGCACCCUUACUCCCGCCUUUAGUCUCUCAUUUGCGAAAUAUACAUAAAGAUAUUCCUCGACUCUUUCAGUGCCCAUACUGUAAGGACCUUGAAGCAGAGACUGAAAAUAAAAUAAUUGAUCACAUUCGUGAAAGGCACCCAACAGACAAUCCCAAUCCUCCAGUAGCACUAUCAGAGCCAGCCAAGCGAAACUUGGCAACUGUAACUGUGCUGUUGCCAGACAAAUUCAAACUCAGUGAGAACAAUUUACUUGAGAGGGACAUUUUCUUGUGCUUGAUUUGUAAAAUUUAUAUGCCAUCCAUAGAGACGAUCUCAGAUCAUUUGGAAGAAAAGCAUCCAGAAGUGUUUCUGUUCCUCUGUCCACACUGCAAAGAAUUUAAAUCAAAAACUGAACAAAGUGUGUUGGUCCAUAUUCUGCAUGUGCACCGAAAAAGCACUGCUGAUGCGAGCAUCCCAAGGGCCAUCGAGGGAACCCAGUUCACGAGGGUUGCGUGCAUUGUGAAAGAGAAGAAUAAGAGGGGUCACAACAACCAACAGAAAACACAUCAUAAUACCUCGCCUUCAAACCCGUCCCAAGUUCCAGUCUGUUCUCCAAGCAGCCUGCUGACUGUGUCGUCAUUUCUGCAGACUCCAAGCAGCCUGCUUACUGUGUCGUCAUCUCUGCAGACUCCAAGCAGCCUGCUGACUGUGUCCUCAUCUCUGCAGACUCACAUUGUCAGUCAACCCAUCCUGUCCAUGUCAGCGCCACUUCAGACAACUCAGCUGUUCACGGCUUUCCCAAAGGCAAUUGCACAGCCAAAAUUCAACAAUUUCCAAACAACUGGGAUCUCUCAGCCCACAGGAAUAGCACUGUUCCAGGCAACUCACUCACUUCCAAACAAUCAGCCUCUACUUUCUACUUCUUCAGCAACUUCACGAGUCAACAUACCUCUUCAGCCUCCAACCCUGAGUUUAUCUCUUGCAAUACCAUCUUCAGUGUCCUCUGUUUUUAGUCAGCCUAUAUCCUUGGGCACGGUUUCAAGUGCAGACAGCUCUGUUCCCUCAAGCUUAAGGAAAGCCUUGACAUCAGCAGAAGUGGUUACAACUUCUGCUUUAUCUAAACCAGUGUCUCAGCCGAGAAAGAAAAAGAAUUUGCUUGAAUCCAUCAAUCUUCUUAAAAUGCAAAAGGAAAAAGAAAUAGAGCUACAGGCCAAAACUCCUGAUGUGACAUCGAGUGCUGUGUCUUCUACUGUGUCACGUGCAUCAAGCAUACCUCCACCUUUAAUGAGAGCUCCACCCCCUUUGAUUCGAUACGAUCAUUUGGACAAACUGGAAUCCUCGCCAUCGUCAAUCAUCUCAUCUGCUAUGAGACUGACAUCACAGGCGCCAACAACUGGCACUAUGACUACCACAAGUCUAAACAGCAUCUCACUAACACAUAUACCUAAACCCAUUCAUUCUUCAUUGUUCGAUACAUCUGAUUUAGAUGGUGCACGACAAACCAACAGGCCAGUCCUCAAUGUACCCCAAAUCUCGCGUUCCGCCAAGAGUCCCUUACUGCAAACAUCAAGUACAGGAUCGCCACGGGUGUCACAUGAACAUGGUAGCGAGAAUAUUCUAGAUCUGUCGAAGAACUCUCCAGCACCGUCCCCUAUUCAGACACCCUCACCAAAACCAUCAACAUCUGGUGUUCCACAACAGGAAAAUCUAAAUGCAGAAAUGUUUAAAGUGUUUAACCUGAAACCAAACGGGCUGGUCCAGGUAUCUCGCCCAACAAUUGUCUCAAUGCCUCAACCCAUUCCACAGUUCUCCCAGCCUAUGAUUGCACCUCAGCAAGUCCGCCAAAAUACGCCAAACACUCUUGCAUACCGGCAACCAGUGCCACAACUAAUCGCCACAUCACAAGUGCCCCAGAUCAUCAACAUGCCCAUUACGAUGCCCUUAAUUGGAAACAUGUUGUUCAGCCUUCCACAAGGGAAUCCAAACAUGCCCAGAUUCAUUCAGAUGAGCCCUUCCUCGUUGCCUGCUGCUGGAUUUGUAGCAGCCUCACAGCCUUUGAACAUCACAAACAGUCAAACUCAGCCUGCUUUUGCAACGUCUCUCACAAGUCAGCAGUUAUUGAACCUUAGCAGCCUUAACCUGUCCACCUUCAAAUGCCCAUAUUGCCCUCGUGUUGUGCCACUUAAGUUCGAACAUGUCCAGCAGCACAUUGAAACAAAGCAUCCCGGCAGCUCUAUAAUGUUCUUGCCAUUGGAAAACCAGCCAACCAAAACAAACCCUGUUGUGCUUGCACCAGCCAAGGAGUGAAAGCGCAUUUCUGUUGUAUAUGAAAAUGUACUACCCAUUCUUUGAUCACUUUUUAUCCUGUGUUAUGUUAGAACUUUUGUUAAUUAUAUGUAUGAUAAGUCUGUUAUGUUAAUUAAGUUGUAUUUAGAUGGCUCAAAGUUGUGAAUUAUUUGAACUUUUUAUUAUUAUGUAUGUAUUUUGUAAGUUGAGUAAAAAAGGAGAGAGCUAUAAUUUAGCCUCGCUCUAAAAAAUGGGAUUUAAUGCAUGUGGGAAAACAUUUAUUCAAGAUUAGCUUUUGCAGUCCUCUACCAGAUGUUUGCUAAAAUCAGAUUUUCUUAAAACGAAAAAUAUCUUAAAAGCAGAAAGUGUACACCUCGAUUAGCCUAUGUAGCUGUAUUAAGCCCCGUUUUCCCAGUCUGACAAUUGCAUUAUUAUAUAGAAUUUACUUUGUUCAAAUUGAUGUAUAUUUCAGGCAUAUUUAUUUGCAGAAAAAUGUAUCAAAGUGUAAAUAUGGUUCUAUAAAGUAUCUUUUAAAUGUAUAAAUUAAUGCAUGGAUAUUGAACAACCGUGUUUAUAAUAGUAGAUAUAUUGGUUGUUGUGUUCCGUUUGUUUUCAUAGCCAUAUUUUAUUUAUUUUUCAUAUAUGUAUCAUUUAAAUUUUGUCCCAUACUUAGUAGUUUGUUAGUUUUUUGUUUUUUACUUUCUUUCUUUGUUCUUCGUUUCUUUUGUAGUGUUUGCUUUAACUUACAGCCACUGUAUUUUUGGUCAAUGAAUGCAUAUUAUUUUAUUAAACUUUUAUAAUCACUUUAAAUUAUAUUCAGUUAUUUUGCAAUUAAUGGAGACAUUGUUAUUGAGACAGUUUUCGCUUGGCAAAUGAUGAUAGGCCCAUCUGGCUCUACUUGGGAAUAAUGCUGUAUCAUAAGAGAUCAAUAGAACAUUGAAUGUGUUAUUUUCCUCCCAUUGUUUAAAAUACAUGAUACUUGUAAAAUGGGGUGUUUGCAGUAACUGCGUCUAGUAACAUCAUCUAAAAAGGGAACAUUGUUAUGAUUGUAUGCAAUUUUGUGUGAAAUUAGUCUGAAAUUAAAUAGUUUUCAGACAUGUUUUUCUCAAUUUCAAAACAGUAUUUGUAUUAAGUUAUAGUGCUUUAAAUUCAAAUCUGUAAGAAAUGGUCAUUUUUGUUCAAAAGAAAAAUGUAUUCCACAUGUAUAUUAUAUUUGAAACAAGCCAUGCUGAGAUUAUGAAGUAUUUGUAUUCUUGUAAAUGAUGCUCCAAUUAUCAAUAAUGGUCAUGGUAUAUUUUUAUUUAAUUACAUGAAUGUGUGAAUUCGUGUACGGACUGCUUUACUAAGCAAAUUAUAUUACUAACAAAAUGAGAAAGUCAUGGUUUUGCAGGGAUUCUUGUUAUGUAGUUGUAGAAAUCUAUGAAUAGAGAAUGACAUGUUUUGUGUUUGAAUACAGUUAUGUGCUUUAUUUCCUAUGUGUCUCUAUGUAAAAAAUAUCAACUUAUUUGUUUUUCAAAAAAUGUAUUGCGUAUAUGUUCAUCUUGGGACCAUUGUUUAAUGUUCAUAUCGAGUGAUGUGGUUGACAUUUAUAUUGUGCCAUUUGUACGCUAUACGAAUGCGUGUGGAUACACAUCAGUGGCCUUGUAUUUGUUGGAGUACUUCUCUUAUUAGAAACCAUUCAGUUGUGGUUGCUCAUUGAAUAUGGAGUAGUUUUGAACAAUGCGUAAUGCUAGUUUUAAACAGGUAUACUGAUUUGAGUACUUCUUGUGCUAGGAGCUAUUCAUGGUUAACAAAAUCACGCUGAUUUAUUUAUGUUAUAGUGUUUGUGUUUGCUUUAGAGCAGUGUAUUUGUUUUAAAGGUCAUCGCUUUAGGUCAGACGUGUAGGCAGGUUUUACAGUAUCACGAACACAAAUCUAAAGCUGACAACCUAAAAACGAAGUACACUCGUUUAUCAUCUACAUAUCUGAGAGCGUUAUUUAAAACGAAUGUGUGACAAAAUAUUUUUAAUUACCAACUUUUUAAAUAGAAAAAAUCCAUUUUCAAACGCUCGUGAAGUUAUUUAUAUUAUGCGUGAAUGCAGUACAUUGUACAAAAAGUUUCAUUAAAUUUUAUCAACAAAUUCUUUGGUUUGGAAACAUGUUUUCCCCAUUUUGUAUAACGCUGCGCUCUAUAUUUUGAUUUUAUGUACAUAAUGUGUGUACAUUGUUUGGUUUAUCGCGGUUUGAGAUCCCCCGUAUAUUUGUUUAUAACUAUACCUUAAACACUAACAUGUGAAGAAUCGAAUUUUUGAAGAAUUAAACUUGUUUGUAUCUUUGUAAAAAUACAAAAAAAAAAAUUAAUUAAAAUCGAAUGCCGACUACGUUGCGAAUUUUGAAUAUUUAUUUAUUUGUAAAAUACAGUGUUUAAUUUUGCGAUGUUGAUUUUUUUGGCAUUUUUUUACGAAUGUGUCGUUUGUUUAAACAAAUUGAUUUAGAGAUAAAUAUAGAUACUUUUUGUAAUAUUAGAUAAGUUGUAGUUUUAUUUUCGAUUUUUUAUGUGAACAGAAUCAGCUUUUAUCAUGCGCCCACUUUUGUUCAUAAAAGGGCAUUAAUCUUUGUGUUAGUAUUUAUAAGAAUGCACAUUGUUUUCGUUGUCCAAAGUUUAACUAAAUUAUGCACUUAAGACGGGUCAUCUAAACACUGCAAAACCAUUUUUUUUUGCAUAAAACAGUUUGGAAACGGCCAAUACAUUUACACUAAACCGGUAAAGAUUCAAGUGUUUUUAUAAUAAAAAAAAAUACCAACUUUACGCUAUGUACAGAUUGUUAUUAUUGUUUUUAUCAGACAUAAUUAGAUGGAUUCCCGUACAAACGGAUUAUGCUAAUUCCAGUGCUUAGAUAUGUCCUGUGGUAAUUGCAAGUGUUCGUCUGAAAUCGCGUUUGCGUUUGUUUUGUUUAGUAUUUUUGUUCACGUUUUCAUUUGGUCAAGCAAUCAAAUUUUUAUUUGAAAUUCAGUUUUCCGGUCAUAAUUUACGUCAGUAACUGUGUUUGUUUCUUAUUUGUGAUUGCAGUUUCACAGAAGAGAGUACACAAAAUACGCGAUUCCCUGUUUGUGUUUUUGACCAAAAAAACACUUGUGCAUAUAGAAUCAUUCCAUGUUCAUACACUAAUUCUGCCUCUGUACAUUGUUAUAUACAUGCAUUAUUAUGCAGAAAUGUAAAUACAAUUGGAAAUCAUA